AUGACCAAACUAGCAGCUGAAGAGGAGCUUUGUGAUGCUGAGCGCUUCAGUGAUGUUAUUGAAUUUGAUGUUCAGGAAGAUGUGAAAUACUGUGGGCAGCUGUGGGAGGGCAGUCCACCCAUGGCUGCUCCUAAUCCAGCUUACAGUGAGAGCCUCCAAGAAGUGAAGAACACCAUCCUCUCUAAAGCUUCAAAGUCUCCUGGGAUCACUCUCUCACAGCUCAGAACCAAAAUUCGGGACCUGUGGAACGCCCUCCUCAGUUUCAAGAACACACCUGAAGUUGUAUUGUACAGAAAACUGGAGGCCCUGGCCAGAAAGCAGACCUGGAUCCUGAUAAGAAGCAUGAAGACCACUGAAAACCAGCUUUUUAACACAACUGAAAAUGGAACGCUCUACGAGGCACCAGAUCAGCACGGAGGAGCCAGAGGAUUCAAUGAAUCAGAAGAAAUCCCUGGACAUAAAGAAGACCUGCAGCACAAAGACACUGCUGCAGCAGCUGCAGAGAUUCAACAACAUUUAGAAAAACAAGAUAAUAUUCCACUAAAUAUCGCCAUCACAGGAGAAUCUGGUUCUGGUAAAUCCAGCUUUGUUAAUUCUUUCAGAGGUGUGAGUGAUGAUGAUGAGGGAGCUGCUCCUACUGGUGUGAAACAAACCACCUCAGAGGUCACACCGUACCCCCAUCCCAACUAUUCCAAUGUUACUUUGUGGGAUCUUCCUGGAAUCGGCACCACCAAGUUUCCAGCUAAGAAGUACCUGAAGCUUGUUGGAUUUGAGAAGUUUGACUUUUUCAUCAUCAUCUCAAACACUCGCUUCACAGAAAAUGACGUGAAACUCGCUCAGGAGACUCAGAAGAUGAAGAAAAAGUUCUACUUUGUUCGCUCAAAGAUCGACAACGAUAUAAAUGCUGAGAGGAGAAAGAGAGACUUCAGUGCUGAGAGGACUCUGACAGAGAUCAGAGACGACUGCGUUCACAGUCUACAAGGCAUCGAGUCUCCACGGGUCUUCCUGGUGUCGAGUUUUAAGCAGCACUGGUGUGAUUUCUCUCUUUUACAAGAGACCUUAGAGAGAGAACUUCCUAUGAAGAAGAGAGAUGCUCUGCUGUUUGUCAUGCUCAACAUCAACCCAGAGAUCACCAGGAAGAAGAAAAAAGCUUUUCAGUCCAAAUUAAAAUACUGGGCCACUCUGUCUGCAGCUGGAGCAGCUGUUCCAGUUCCUGGUCUCUCUGCUAAUGUUGAUGCUGCUGUGCUGGUUGGUGCUGUCAAACAUUAUGUUCAUGCGUUUGGUCUCGAUAUCCCGUCUCUGAAGAGACUUUCUGUGAGCACAGGUGUGCCCUACACUGAUUUGUGUGCUGUCAUCACUUCACCACUGGCUGCAGCAGAAAUAACUACAGAGCUCCUCUUGAAGAGACUCUACAGAAACAGCUCAGUGACACUAACGGUGUCAGACAAGGAUGGCCUGCUUCUCUGUACCUCUUUUUACCAUUCGUCCAACUCUUAG